GACAUAUAAGCAAUAUUUAUAAUGAAUACCGUCUUAUAAAUACAUAAUUUUUAAUAAUCUAAAUAAAAAAAAUUGUUUAUAGCGGAACUACAAAAUGGCGGUACCAGGUGCGAGCUCCAGGUCACCUCACAGCCCUAAACUGGAUAGAAGUAUCGCUGGGAACAAUGAUAUGUUAAAUGGCACAUUUGAUGUUGACCGCAAGAAGUUGUCAAAGGAUUUACCAAGCAUCAAUGAGAGAUUGGGUCAUCUUCGACCCUCUCGUGAAUUACUGGAAUAUUACAGGAAAAAAAUAGCUGAGUAUGACGAUGAACACGAUCAUCUAGUUUCUAAAAUAGAUGAAUACAGAGUCACAUACGAAGAACAGCACAAGAUUCAGUGGGAGUUGAGGCAGCGAGAAGAGGAAAUUGUGGAGCUGCAGAAAGCCCUCAGUGACAUGCAGGUCUACCUUUUUCAAGAGCGAGAACAUGUCCUCAGGCUGUAUGCAGAAAACGAUAGACUAAAGAUUCGUGAGUUGGAAGACAAGAAGAAGAUUCAGCAGUUACUUGCCCUUGGCAUCAGUCCAGAUGGUGAGGUGACGUACUUCAUGAAAGAGCCUCCAGCAAAGGCAAUCAUUGAACAGAAAGUUCACAGAAAAACGCAGUCAGCUAAAGGAUUGAAAAAGAAGCAGCCUCCAGUUUCGGAUCAUCACUCGUCCAUCAGCCCGGACCAUGAGGCAAAGUACCAACAUGACAACCAAGUGUUGUCCCUCCAGGUGGAGGCACUGCAGGCCCAGAUGCAGGAGCAGGCCAAGCUGAGCAAGGACCAGAUGAGCGCCAUGAUGGAGGACCGGCGAGUCAAGGAGGAGGAGUUUGAGACUCGGCUGCAGCGAGACGAAGACAAGAUUAAAACUCUUACCGAGAAAUUACAUAAAACACAGGAUCUGUUAUACGACAGUACCAAAGAUUUUCUUGAGCUGCGGUACCAAGGUCGAGCCAGUGAGAGACAGUGGAUGGCUGAGAAGGACAAGUUACUACAGAAACUAGACUCCUGCAAGACACAGCUUAAUGUCAGCAAAGACUCCAUUUUCACAGGGCAAGACAACUUGGAGAAAGGACAGUUAUCAGAAGAAGUUAAGUCUCUAGAAUAUCAACUGGAGCAAUCCCAGAAACUGUCCGAGAUGUACCGAGAACAGGUCAUACAGCUGGAGGACGAAUUAUCUCGCAUCAGGGAACAAGGAGAUGUCACCAGGGAAAUCUUUAAGGAUCGCAGUGGUAAAAUGACGAAGAGACUCCAGCUGAUGAAUGCGCGCUAUCAGGAUCUGGAGAAGCGACGCAAUCUUGAGGUGGAGGGAUUUAAGAACGACAUCAAAAAUCUGAGAACUAGAUUAAAAGAUGUGGAGAGACAGCUGUACAAGGUAACUUUAGGAUUUGCUGCUGACAUGGAUGUAGAACGCCCCGAUGACCUUGACAUGCAGAUACUACGAAACGUUCGGAGAACAGCAGGUCGGUCCAAACAGAUGAUGGGUGAACUGAAAAACCUGAAAGUCAAAGUGUACGGAUUAGAAAAUGAUCUUAGACAUUUGUAAAACCUAAGCAUCAGCAGGUUUCUACAUUGUCAUGGCUUCAGAAUUCCGUCCAGUGGUUGUAGACUGCCAUUAGUAAAUUUGUGGACCAAACCGACUGUGAUAUGAUAUUGGUUUCUAAAGUCUAGUUACAUGAGAGAUGUGUUGCAUCAGGAGGAAUACAGAUUGCAUAUUAAGUAAUUUUGUUCAGUAUUAGGUGCACACUGCUUAUGGAAUAAACUGUUGUUAUUGUCGUGAUGUAAACAGUGAUGAAAAUCUUCCACAUGUUUGCAGAAUUCUGCAGAUUUUUCUCACUAGACAGCAGAAUCAGGGGUGGUGGGGGAAUAGUCUAAAUUCGUUGAGGAAUUCUUUCAUGGGGUUCAGGUUAAUGAUGAAUUCGAACAUUGGUUACCAACACAACGUCAAUAAUAUCCUUCCAGGGGAAGUAAGAAAGAAUAGGCUAAAUGUUUCUUCUGUUUCCAGUUACAGCAGCUUAACAAAUGCAGUUUAUAAAUAAAGUGACCAAUGUUUGCAGUCUUGAAGCACAUACCAAAAAAGUGUAAUGUACUUUACCAAUAAAGAGAAGCAGUUAUACCUGUUGGUGACAAUCAUAAUUAUUCCUUUGGAUCAGCAUUUACAAUAUUGGUGAACUAAAAUAUCAUGCUUGCUCAGAAAAUUUAUGGCUAGCUGUAAUGUGAUCAAAAGAGCUUAUUGUUUUGUUAGUCAAUAUUUUACUCUGUACUCUGAAAUACCUGCAAAGAAUACCUGCAAGUCAGCAGUCUUUUUGGGUGUCGGAGGUGAGGAUGAGAUGAUCCUUUCUGUUCUUGUCACCAUACUGCUUGUGGACCUUUUUCAGUUUCCAUUCUUUAUGUGUGUACAGUACCAUUUAAUAUUAUACGUGGUUAUCAUGCAGUAGCUGUUAAUGUAUUGUCAUACACGUUAUCAGAUGGUAGUUGUUAUUGUAGUGUGACUGGUAGAGAUUAAAUCUGUAAGGGAUAAUUAUCAGAACUUUAACUAUUUUCUCAGGAGGAACAGUGAGAAGCUUAUUAUAUCAGUAUUUUGCAAAUGACAUUGACAAAAGGUUUUAUUUGUAGGAAAAAAAGAAAAGUGCACCUCUUUUAUAGCAGUGAUUUAAAACACCUAAAAUACUAGUCCAUUUAUGAGGCAACCAUUUCAAAGUGUUUUCUCGACUAGUGUUGCUGUAUCACUGGUUUAUUUAGAAAGCAGGGCAUGUUUCAGAUUUUAAGUUUAAAAAACCUUUAGGUACUCCCACCUUCAAGAUAGGAUAUAUAUAUAUAGAUAUAUAUAUAUAUAUGUAUGUACAUUUGUCUUGGACAAAGAUGCUGGAAGUACUUAAAAUUGUAGCAAAGUCAAAAAUUGUAUUGGUAUUGAUAUCUUAAAGCAUGGAAAUUGUUAUUUAUUAUUCAUUCUUCCAUUUCAAAUCGUCAGUUUUGCAAAAAGAUGAUUCUCAAGUUGGAGUUUUAUGAAGUGAAUGCUUUGUGUUCUGCAUGUUCUGUAUAUUUUUAUUUGGAAAUACUACCUAAGGGCAUUGCAUUUUAAAAACAACAAAGUGCCCAUUACUUGUUUUUAAUGCAUGGCAUUAUGACUAAUUAAAGUGUUUUGCAUUGUAUCUAAGUUUUAACAUGGGGAGUUUAUUUUAUCUCUUUUUCUUUAUUUUUUUUACAAUAAACACGUGAAUUGUUUUUGCUUCCCACAACAGUGAUAUCCCCAAGUUGUGCCAGACAAUAUCUGUCUGGCAUAAUAAUGCCAUGAAAGGUUACUUAGUGAAAAAGUUAAAUUCAGCUGUACAUUAGCAUGACAAAUACUCCAGUGCAUUUCGUUUUAAAAUUUAAAACCCCACAACCAUUAACCGAAAAACACAUUUGAAUUAUUGGUAAAAACUUGAGAAAUCAUCAUUUCCAAAACAAUACGUUUGCAAAAUCUAAAGCAUUUUAUUCCAUGAGUUAAAUUAUGCUUAUAUAUGAAAUAUUUUAUGUUAUUUAUUUUCAUACAAAUUUGUAAUAAAUAAAAAUGUUUUUUAUUGUA